AUGGAGGUUCAAUAGAGAAAAAUCCACCCACUUUUAGAAUCUAAACAACAGAACACCAUCAUAAAGAUUGUUCAGAAGUAAAAGAAGAUAUUUCUCUAAGAAUAGCUUAACUUCAAAAUUAUAUUUAUUUCUAUAUUAUAAUUUCACCAAAAUAGUUAUAGAUUCCAUUUUAAAAAUUACAAUUAUUUGAUAAUUAUUAUCCAAAAAAAAACUAAAUAUGAAGGUGUCUUUUUCGACCAUUAACCAUGGAGAAAAGUUAAAAGUUGUAAGAAUUAAACAUUAGAAGGGCUCUAAAGGCCUGUUAUAAAAUAGGAUGAAAGAGAGUGA